AUGUAUAUUACUGGGACUUAUUUGUCUUACAGGAGGAGGUCAUCCUGGUUAUUCAGAACCCUAAUCCUGCAUCUCUUCGUUAUUUAUGUUUCCGUACCAUUCCUUAUACGUCUCUUUCCUGCGCUGUUGGCCAAGUUUGUCUUUCUCAAUAUUGUGGCAUUUCCCUUUGUGGACUUUGGGAAACCUGAAUUGCUGCUGAACCAUACUGUAAACUUCUAUCUCACAACCGAACCGGAGGUCACCAUCGGCGUCUGGCAUGUUUUGCCUGGCAGCAGGGGGAUAGAAGCUCAAGGGAAGGAUCACAGCUGGUAUGAAGAAACUCUUGCAGACGAUAAUCCCGUUAUAAUUUAUCUCCAUGGCAAUGGAGGUAACAGGGCUUCAGGGCACCGAGUUUCCUUGAUGAAGGUGAUGAGUGGUGCAGGCUUCCAUAUACUGGCUCUUGACUACAGAGGGUAUGGGGACUCGAGUGGCUAUCCAAGUGAGACGGGAUUGACUACGGACGUCAUGUGCCUCUAUGACUGGGUAAAAGCCCGGAGUGGAAAUAGCACAGUGCUCUUCUGGGGACACUCCUUGGGCAGUGGAGUAGCAACAAAUGUUGCAAGAAAACUGCUUGAAGAAAAAGGCAUCCAGGUGGACUUGAUCGUUCUGGAAUCAUCCUACACCAACAUUCGGGAGGCAGCAGCUCAUAUCCCCAUUACCAGAAUCUACCGUCAGUUCCCAGGAUUUGAGUACUUCAUCCUCGACUCAAUGGCGUUGGGUGACAUGUUUUUCCGUAGUGAUGAGAAUGUUAAAGUGCUGUCCAGUCCCCUUUUAAUUUUGCAUUCAGAAGAUGACCCUAUCUUGCCCAUCCACCUGGGUAGAAAGCUCUUUGAGAUUGCUCUCCACUCCUAUGAGAACAAAGACAAGGUCAAGUUUGUUGCCUUUCCAGAGAAGCUGGGUUUAGCCCAUGAAAACAUCUGUUCAGAUCCAGAACUGCCCGACAUUGUGAAAGACUUCCUGAAGAACAUCAAGUGAUACCAGCUGCUGCAGUGUACAUUAAUCACCAUGGGCACACUUACAGCUGAAGCCACCUUGUGGCAGAGACUUUCAACAAAACUACAAUAGAAAGUUUAAUUUGAUUUUAAUCAGCAAAUGGACUAGAAUACAGUUGUGUAGACAGACCCAGCUACU